AUGGCGACAACAACUCUGAUGGCUGGAACAGCAUGUGUAACUGUCUUUACCACGUUAUUCUGUAUAGGAUUUUCUAUCUACCUCCUGAACGAUAUUAAUAAUUUCUAUGACACUGCUAUGGAACAGCUAGCGGAUUUUAAGGAUAUUGCAAAUUCGGCUUGGUUUGAAAUGCGACCGACGCUGAUGAACUAUAAACCAAAUGCGGAAUCACGUCGAGCGAAACGUUCGUCUGGUUGCUCAUGCAGUUCAAGACAGGCCAGCUGUCCCAUGGGGCCUCCUGGUCCUCCUGGCCCACCAGGACUGCCUGGAGAACGAGGUCCCGAUGGAGAGCCUGGUCGACCUGGUGCAAAAGAAAAAUCAGUUCGUGAUUUAAUUAGACGUCUGCCGUGCCCCAUUUGCCCAAUGGGACCCCCAGGACCGCCUGGUCCCGAUGGACCACCCGGCCCUCGAGGUCCAGAUGGACUUCCUGGACCAGUACAUUCACCGGUCAUAGGAUAUCCAGGACCACCUGGCCCUCCAGGAGACCGAGGAGCGCCUGGUGCUCCUGGACAGCCCGGACGUCCUGGGAUACCAGGGUCUAGAGGCAGUUGGGGGAAAGGGUUACCUGGACCACCAGGCCUCCCCGGUCCUCAAGGACCGCCAGGUGAGCCGGGAAAACCAGGAAUUUCGUUGGCACCUAUACCGGGCCCGAUUGGGCCAGCAGGUCCUCCUGGCAGGCCAGGCCCACCUGGUAGUGACGGUCCGCCUGGUCCACCUGGUCAGCCUGGACCUGCAGGUGCACCAGGCGGAUUAGGCGAGGGUAAUCAGUGCCCGUGUCAAAGCCCUCCCAGGUCGAACGAUAUGAAUAGACGAAAGUCGGGAGUUUCACGACAUAGAAUGCAUGCUCAUAAGCGGUUUUUAAUUGUUGACCGCACGACAGGGCAGAGGAAGAAAGUAAUGAUGACAUCCACUGCUAUCGCUACUACUGUGAUCACGGUCUCGGCGAUAACAACAGUCGUCAGCUUGAUUUUCGUCGGCUAUCUUUUCGACGAUAUAAAUAGCUUCUAUACUGAUACUGUGAACGAGCUCGAUGAGGUGAAGGAUAUCGCCAACACCGCUUGGCAAGAAAUGCGGCCUGAACCUCACGAUGUUUUCAAGUUCAAAAGAGAAACUGUACAGCCUCGUGUUGCUCGUCAAUUGCCAGAAACGUGUAACUGCGCGCCGAGAUCUGCGCUAUGUCCUGCGGGACCGCAAGGCCCUCCUGGAUUGGCAGGAGAACCCGGCGAACCUGGAGAACCAGGUGUUCCAGGCAAAAGAGGCUACGAUGGUAUAGCGAUUGCAGGUACCGGUAAGGAUGUUGGAUGCAUCAAGUGUCCAAUGGGUCCUCAAGGACCACCUGGUCCGGAUGGCCCCAUUGGCGAACCAGGUCCUGAUGGUGAACCUGGUAUGAGGGGAGUCGAUGGUACACCUGGACAUCAAGGGCCUAAUGGACCAGCUGGAGACGCAGGCUUACCUGGACUCCCUGGACCUGAUGGGCUUCCUGGAAUUCCUGGAAACAACGCACAGAAGGGAAUUGGAAUUCCAGGACCAGCCGGACCAAUGGGACCACCAGGUCCACCUGGUGCACCUGGCCCUAAUGGACGUGUCGACAUCGGAAUACCAGGGCCAAUGGGACCACCUGGACCACAAGGCAAACCGGGUCUUAAAGGAGCUGAUGGAGAACCAGGAGAGCAAGGCCCAGAAGGACCUCCAGGACUCGAUGGACAGUAUUGUCCAUGCCCAUUGCGGUCGGUCAUGCCCAUAUUUGAAGAAUUCCGUCGAGGAGCAGCAACGCUUUAA